CUAUCAAAUAUUUCUCCACUUUUCGAGAGGGCGCGAAAGCAUGUCUCUCUCUUCGAAGCCGAGCUGCUCCCGCCUCCUUCGUUCUCAUCAUCGCCCAGCCAUUGCUCCCCGUUCUCCCGGAGUUUUUCUUGUCUGACACUUCCGCCAUUGCCGAGCUCUAGAUGUACGCAGCGGAGGAGGGCCGCGCACUGGACCGCAACGUGUACGCCGACACUGCGGCAGAUAUCUGGCCAUUUUAUUUCCCGGAGGCGGAUUUUGCUAUAGAUGACAGGAGGUACAAGCUUUUGGCCGAGCUGGCGGACUUCUUCUCAUCCCUGAAAGCGGAUUCCAUCCUCUCUAACGUUCAGUAUGAUAGUUGUGUCUUUCUGCCGGUUGACUUCCAGCAGCUUCAAAAAGUAUGUUUAGUAGAGGGGUUUUAUGCAAACUUAAGGGAAGUGCCCAAAGAGUCACUCUUAUGCAUGGGAGCCGCAGCUCAUAUGGCUCUGUUGUUGAAGGGAAAUGAUCAUCACAUUGCAGAGGCUGAGAAGAUUAAUAUUAGGCUUUAUAAUCAUCCUGAUUCAUUGAUCACACUAAAAAGUUUGAAAGCUGCUUACAUUGGUUGGUCGUAUGCUUUCUUUUUGGGUUUCAUUUGUUACCUACUUAUGUUUUUUUAUAAUGCACGAACACUUCUAAUUAAAGCGCAGUGCAGUGUUGAACGUGGAAACGCCUCCUAUAUGGCUCCGACACUUAGCGGGCACAAUAUAGAAUUGUCCACCGCAUCUCCCGUUGCUGUUCUAGCCCUCCUUACCCGCUGUCAUCGCUGUUCCAGCCCUCCAUAUUUGCUGCCGUUGCUGUUCCAGCGCUCCCCCUUUGCUGUCAUCAUCUCGGAUAGCAAUGUCACGUCAAUAUCUGUUGCAUAUUUGUUGUUCGGAACCCGAGAAACUGCUGUCUUGCUGCUUCAGGAAAUACUUAAAUCUGGGAUUUACGAAGAGGGGCGGGUACCUCGCACAGUGGAGUGUGAAUUGACUUUAGAUCUUGUUGAUUCUUGCAUUCCAGGUGAUGAUGUGACAGUUACUGGAAUCAUCAAAGUAAUUAAUAAUUACAUGGAUAUAGGUGGAGUAUGGUGUUCUUCAUCAGGAACUGCGAUAUUGGGUAGAGGAUCGGUUUGCACCUUCUCAGCAGGGAUGUACUAUUUGUAUUUGGAGGCAGUUUCGGUUAGAAACUCAAAGUCAUAUUCUGUUUCUGAAGAAUAUCAUCCCCGUAAUUCUGAGACUAAAAGUAAUAUGUUAUAUGAUCUGCAUACUUUUUCACAAAGGGAUUUGGAGUUUAUUGUCAAAUUCUCAGGCGAGUAUGGGCCAGAUAUAUUUCGCCAAAUAGUUCAAUCUUUUUGUCCAUCCAUUUAUGGGCAUGAAUUUGUAAAAGCUGGGAUCACACUUGCGUUAUUUGGAGGGGUGCAGAAGUACUCAAUGGAUGAGAACAAGGUCCCGGUUCGAGGGGAUAUCCAUGUCAUUAUUGUUGGCGAUCCUGGACUGGGCAAGAGCCAACUUCUACAAGCCGCUGCCACAGUUUCUCCACGAGGCAUAUAUGUUUGUGGAAAUGCCACAACAAAUGCCGGUUUAACUGUUGCCAUUGUCAAGGAUCAUAUGACAAGUGAUUAUGCCUUUGAGGCAGGUGCGAUGGUUCUCGCUGACGGUGGUUUAUGCUGUAUUGAUGAAUUUGAUAAAAUGUCUGCAGAGUAUCAGGCUCUUCUAGAAGCCAUGGAACAACAGUGUGUCUCCAUUGCAAAGGCUGGAUUAGUAGCAAGUCUUUCUGCACGUGCUUCCGUUCUGGCCGCAGCGAAUCCUGUUGGUGGUCAUUAUAACCGUGCAAAAACUGUGAAUGAGAACCUGAAAAUGAGUGCUGCUCUUCUGUCGAGAUUUGACUUGGUAUUUAUUUUACUCGAUAAGCCUGAUGAAGUGCUUGAUAAACGAGUUUCUGACCAUAUUAUGGCUCUUCACACGGGAAAUGGGGAACAUUUGCUGCCCGCAAAGAAGCUAAGCAGAGGUUGCCUUUUUCCUUCAACUAUUGCCAAACAUGAUUCAAUGUUGGGAUCUUGUGGAGACAUUGCAUUUGGUGUAAGUGGAUCCCUGAUUUCACGUCUCAGACUCGAUCUUGAGAAAGAUAAGGAUUUUGUUCCAUUACCUGGUCCUCUUCUUCGCAAGUACAUUGCUUAUGCAAGGACAUUCGUUUUUCCCAGCUGUGUGCCUGAAAGGAAAUCAUUCAAUUAUUCGCAUAACGGCUCUGAAAUUUUCGGCUAUACAAUUCAAUUCGCCCCUUUUCCUCUUCGGUUGGUCCCGCUCGAUCGCGCUCCCACUCCCGCUCGCCUCCUCCCUCUUCCUCCUCGCCUGCUCGAUCCCGUCUCUGAUGUGGUUGAGAUAAUGAAGGAGUCUUUGUACGACAAAUUCGUCGAUGAGCACGGCUUUGUGGAUUUUGCAAGGAGCGGUGGGAUGAGCCAGCAGAAAGAAGCUAAAAGAUUCUUGAGCGCUCUCAACAAACAAUCUGAACUUCAACAGAAGGAUUGUUUCUCUAUUUCUGAAAUAUACAGUUUGUCAGAUAUGAUUGGUUUGAGAGUUCCAGACCUAGACACUCUGGUUGAUAACUUGAACAGUGCUGGCUAUCUCCUUAAGAAAGGACCCAAGAUGUAUCAGGUCCUAUCUUCAUCUUACUCCUAGUCAAUCGACAUGGUAAACCUGAUUUUUCACUGAUUCGUUGUGUAAAUAUUUUAAUCAACUUGCAAAAGAAAAUUUUACAAAUUUUGUACGCUUGUUUCUUUCAGCAUUUUAACUUCUUGUAAACUUAGGGUCCGUUUGGGGCAGUUUAUUUGAUGCG